GACGUCUUACAGGGUUAACAUAAGCGUAAACUAGAAUUUCCCUUGAAGGAUGGAAGGAUUUUUUGGAAUGUAGCCUAGAAUGUCCUGCACAUGUAAACUAAUACCCGAUGCCAUAGUCUGAGUAAUUCAUUUCGUCGUCACCUGAACAAGGUGAACAUAAAUGCGUUUGGAAGUUCCAAAGCAAAAGUCUAUCAGACAAAUUCUAAUUCAGUGCUACUUUGAACAUAAGCAAAACAAGCAGAAGAAGAAGCAGAAGAAGCAACAAUUAACCGCCAAACAUGAGGCUUGUGUUGCUGGGGAAGAAUGAACUGGACAAUGGCCGAGUGGGAAACCUCAUCCUUGGAAGAGAUGCAUUUCAGACUGAAGCCCUUGAGGUUUGUGAAGAACAUGUAAGUGAGAGAGUCAGAGGACAGGUGGAGGGAAGACCCAUCACAGUCAUUAACACUCCUGACCUAUUUCAUCCCCAACGCACACAACAUGAGCUCUCGGUGGCAGUGAAAGAGUGUGUGGCCCUGUCUGCUCCAGGGCCUCAUGUAUUUCUAGUGGUGCUGCAGCCUGACAGCUUCUCAGAGGAGGACAGACACAAAGUGGAAGCCAUACUGAACUUGUUCAGCGAUGAGGCCAUGAACUAUACCAUUGUACUAACUACUGUUAGAAGUGCGCGACAUGUCUCUACAACUUACGCUGGUGAAAAAGAAGACCCUUUAGGCCUGAUCAUACAGGAUUGUAAGAUGAGGCAUCACAUAUUUGAUAAGAUUUACAGAUUUGACAAGAGUCAAGUUCUUAAACUCUUUGAGAAGAUAGACACGAUGAUGGAAGAGAAUGGGAGAAGACAUCUCACCUGUGAGGAAAUUGGGGUGAUACCAGGGGGCUCAUUACUUCCAGAGAGCAAACAGACAGCAAAAAGAGGAAGAGAGAGUGAUUCUCACAAAGACAGAGAAUGGAAGAAGAAGAGAACAGGAGAGAUUAAAGAGAUUGCAGCCAUACAGCAAGCACAAGAAGUCAUGGCACAGGUUCAACACAAACUUGAGGAGAAAAUCAACCACCAUGCCACAACCAACACAAACAAAUUUAUGAACUUCAUCAGGGACAUUAUGGAAGAUCUGCUAAAGAAAACGAUACAGAAAACCACUAUUGGUGUGUUUGGAAAGACAGGAGAUGGUAAAAGCUCCCUGAUAAAUGCCAUCCUAGAUGAGGAGGAGCUGUUACCAACAGGGACACUCGAUGCCUGUACAUCAGUCAUCAUACAAGUGGAGGCUGGGGCUGAGGGAGACCAGUACACAGCAACUAUUGAAUUCAUCUCAAAAGAGGCCUGGGAAGAGGAGCUAAAGACCCUGCUAGGUUUUCUAGCGGAACCUGAUGAAAGGGAUGAAACCAUCUGCAAAAUGGCAGAAGACAAGAUUGAAGCACUGUAUGGAAAGAAUGCAACUGCAAAAAGCUUUGAUGAACUGAUGAAGGAUGAUCGUUCAACAAAUAUUGCAGCCCUGCUCAGGUUAACCACUAAAACCAUCUUAACGUUUCAGGCCUCAGAUCUCUCUGAAAAAAUCAGGCCUUAUAUUCAACAUCAAGAGUCUGAUCUUGGGGGACUCUAUUGGCCAGUAGUGAAGACUGUGAGAAUCAAAGUGCCAGAUCACAAAGGGCUUCUCCAGAACAUUGUGCUAGUUGAUCUCCCUGGAAAUGGAGACUGCAAUCAGACCAGAGACGAGAUGUGGAAAUUGAUGUUAAGGGAGUGCACAGCUGUUUGGGUUGUGAGUGAUAUCAAUCGAGCCACAUCUGACAAGCCAGCCUGGGAGAUCCUGAAGAGCAGCAUGACAGAUAUGGUACAGGGAGGGGCAUGCACUGGCAUCACUUUCAUCUGCACCAAAACUGAUAAUAUUGAUCCCCAGUCUUACAUGAGGUCAUCAAGACUGAACAAUGAAGAUCUACAAAUCACAGCGGACAAUGAGUCAGAGAAAAAGCUUAAAUGCAUACAGCACAGGAAUAACAAGGCCAAGAAUCGAGUGAAACAAGCCUUUGUAAAACAGUGUCAACUCCAGAAAUAUUACAUUCAAAGCAUUUCAGUGUUUACUGUAAGUUCACAGGAGUUCUUCUCAAAGAAUCUGAAACAGGAGGACACAGAGAUACCAAAGCUGAGAGAGGUGCUGAGGGGAUUUAACCACAGUCACACAAACAGAGUGGCCUCACAGUAUUUGACAAGUGCCACAGGGAUCCUGUCCCUCAUACAGACAUCCAAAGAUAACAACGAGGAGAUGAAUAUGGACAAAAUUAAGCUGCACAAUGAGCUGAAUAAGAAGCUGGAUGAUCAACUGAAAUGUCUACAGGUUGAUCUUUUAGAGCCAUGUCACGAUGAACUGGAGAAGUACCUCUCAGAUGGAGUUAAGAAGUCAGUGAUGAAAUGUGCUGAAAUAACCAAGAAAAACGUGGAAGUACCAGUUGAAAAAAAUGGACGUGGAUACCAUCAGACUCUAUCCGCCUUGUGCAGAAAUAACGGUUUCUUCAGGUCAAACGAUGGAGAAACAAGAGACCUGAACAAGUCUUUGGCUGAAAUGAUGUAUGAAAGCAUCAAUGAAAAGUUUAAUGCCUUGUUCCCAAAUAAAGGGGAAACUGGACUGUCAGUGCGGGAGAAGGUCAAACUAUUCAGUAUCUUCUCGAUCAGUGUCACCGAGGGCUACAGCAACCCUGCCGCAAUGACUCACAUUCUGAGGUUCUUAAAAGCUGAGGAAGCCAAGCUGAAGAAUUUGAUAUAUAUAGAGAUUGCGCAACAAAAGAAGGAAAUAUAUGCAUCAAUCACAGAUACCAUCAAAGAAGAGAUGGUUCCUGGCUACAACAAGGCUGAAGAAUGUGUUGGAACAAGAUCCAUGAUGGCGAAGCAGGGAGUACUGAUACAACAUACUGAGUCACUGAAGCACACCAUGUUCAACAAAGCAAAGAACAAGAUGCUGGAUUCGUUCAGAAAUCUGACGAAACAAAUCGAGAUGAUGUUGAGAGAGAAUCUACGGGAAGCUUUGGCUCAUGCACGGACUGAAUCCAACUUCCCGUUUAGCUUUGAUGUCAGCGCUGAAAUUAGAGAGCUGGAGACGUUAUCUGCCCUAACUGAUGAAUAACAGCGCCGAGAAUCUAAUGAAGAGUUGGUGCGGAAAACAGGUUUUUGUGUAGCCAUGUAAAUGUUCAUGGCUGGUUAGACAGUGCAGAAAAUUACAUAUAUAAAUCUUCUAUAGAUCAUGUAGAUACAAUGUGUUAAAAACUAGUGAGAUAUGGCUAUGAUGGUCCGUCUUUGUCAUGAAGGUCUGUGGUUGUACUGUCUCAUAAAACUCUGUAGGACGACAUAAACAACACAACAUUCGUACAUCAGUCUCAGCUGUGUGUUAAGCUUGAGCUGGAACAACCCCAAAAGGAAUGACAGACGUUGUCAUAAGUGUUCUAUCAUAAUGUAAUCCAACAGAAAUGCCAUCAACCAGAUUAUUUGAUCCUAAUUAGGCCUGUAGGGGGCUGGAGCCAAUUCCAGUGCUCAUUGGGUAAAAGGCAGGGAAACACACUGGACAGAUCGCCAGUCCACACAAACACAUUCACACCUAGGGGCAAUUUACUAUCUCCAGUUAACCUGACUUACGUGUCUUUGGACUGUGGGGAGUGUGGAUUUUAUUUGAAUGAUAUAUAGAAUUGUUUGGAACUUAGGGUAGUAUGUUUGGCACUGAAAUGAUUUAAGAAUGUAAGAAUGUAAGAUAUAGAAUGUUAGAUAUAGAAAACAGGCCCGGGGCUCUGUAAAGCGCCUUGAGAUAAUUGUUUUGGCGCUAUAUAAAUUGAAUUGAAAACAUGACCCAGUUUAAAAUAAAUGUAGAUCCCAUUAGUAUAUAGAGUUUGCUUCAUUACAAGUGCAGAAUGAAGAGGCUGAAAAGUUGUCCUUUGUGGCUGAUUAUUACUCACUUUGGCAUUACAUAAUUCAAAUUCAGACGUGCUGUUUUAGUGAAUCUCUUUAAUGUAACUACUGUCUAUGAACCUCCUGCCUAUUUAAUGAAAUACGUAUUUUAUACAUUUUAUUCUAUUUUUCACUUUUAAUUUUAUGCUCCAUUUAAAGUAACAAUAUGUAACUUUUUUACCUUAAAAUAACAGCUUGAAAAAAAUGGUGCCGCUACAAUUACCAUUGCCAUCGGUUGUCUGUAGGCAAAAUACUGCGGUAUGUAAGAUUUCUGGAGCUUUGUGUCUGAGCAUGCACGACUAGGAUCGGGGUAGUGACAAUCACUAUCGGAACAGCUUUUACUCGUUGGCGAGAGCUGAAAGACACAUUUGGAUACAAGUUCGAUUCAGAGCUAGCCAUCUUUUCUUGACUGUGUUAGCAAAGUUGUUGACUCGCUAGUUUGUCAUAAACGAGGAAAGCAAAUUCCAACAAGUUUCACCGCUAGGGGGAGCUACAAGCCAAAAACUACUUAUUGCUGCUUUAACAUUUCUGUGCUCAAACAUUUUUGAUGCCAAUAUACACAUAAACGUCAAGAUGGUGGCACGCAUGGGUGUGGCGGCUCCUUGCUCUCCAGUUUGGUGUUUUGUUUGUACUGUUUUGUACUAGUUUUUUGUUUGUUAGUCGAGAUUUGCAUAAGAUUAGCUAAGUCCUCAGCCGCAAGGACUUCAUUGACAACGGAUUCCAAAUUCCGUUGUUUGCAAAUACAAUGACAAUAAAGGCUUUCAGUUCAAUUUUCCUUUUUCUCUCUUUCUCUCUUCCUGUUCUAUGUGGGUGGAUAGGCUGUUACUGACUCCAUCAUAGUCAUUUGUCUCAGUAGAUAUGAUACAGAAGGCUAAUGAGCGUCAAUGUGGUAGCCUGACUUUGUCAUACUCAUAAUUCUAGUCAGAAUAUGAGUCUGAGAACUCUCCGUUGGGCUGUGACUACGGGGCGUGUUUCAAACGAACCUUGAAAACAAAUGCCUCUUCGCUCAAUUGGAUAGAUCUACAACCAAUCAGAGCAACGUAGUAGCCUAUGUUAACUUUGACCGAAUCCCGUAGGAAGGACGGCAAGAACAUAUUUUCCAUCGACAAAUGACUUGAUUGCGUUUCUCUGUUCCUCUUUCAAAAUUAAUGCGCUGUCGAUGUCUUCUAAAACAGACUCGAUGGCAGAAUCAUAACAUCCCAGAUCUCCAGCAGUAUGUUUGUUCAAAACGAAUUCAACUUAAGGGCUCUUUUGUGACGUGGGUGAUUACGUUACUGUUGUUCAUCUGUCCAUCAUCGUAUAAAGCCCGCCCUGGCAAUUUCAUUGGUCCGCCCAGAUUUGGGUUUUCUGUAGUUGUCCACAAUACGAGACCCUCCAGACCCAACUUCCCGACCAAAUUUUUUUGUGGGCGGGACGAAGUUGGGCUGGCAGCCAGGCUAUCAAUGUGGAGGUGUCUCUUUGAUUUGACUUCAGAGAUGUUAUUUUGUUAAUUGCUUUAUGGACUCUCUUGGAUUAGUCAAACUGCUAAAUGUGUGUUUUCAGUCUUCUUUAUAUUCUCUGUGAACAAGGGGUUUUGGUUUAUCUGAUUCAGCAGGAUAACUGAAUGCUCAUUAAUGAAUGAAAAAAAUAAAAAUGUCAAUUUAAUGUCACUACGAUUCGUUGAGUCAAACUUUUUUUUUUUGGAGCUGCUGGAUGUAUCAAUGCAAUCUGCAAGGAUCGUCUUUUUACAAAGUUUUGUUCAUUUAGCAGCAGCAUGUUUUGUUGCUGUUAUUUGUUUCAGUUGUGCCUUUUGCUUCAUAUUGUAUGCCACACGUGUGCCACAAGCUUAAUAAAUUAUGCAAGUUAUUUGA